AUGCCUAGUCAACUACACAAAGAAGCGGCGUCCAGAUUUGAGGCAAGGAUUGUGAUGCUCGCACAAGAGAUGAACGUUAACAGACAGAUUGCGAAAUGCGGAGCGACUCUUAUGGAUACCCUGAACGAAACAAGCAGGCAGACCGAUCCUGGAAGCCAGCCCGCCACGGGAGAGAAUUCCCAACGGUGGCAUUAG